AUGACAUUUAUGGAGAACAGAUCUGAAGUAAAUGAGUUCAUCCUUAUAGGAUUAACAGAUGCCCCAGAGCUACAAGUUCCUCUCUUCAUAAUAUUCACCCUCAUCUACCUCAUCACCCUGGUAGGGAACCUGGGGAUAAUAGCUCUGAUCUCCAGUGAAUCCUGCCUCCACACCCCCAUGUACUUUUUCCUCAGUAACCUCUCUCUAGUGGAUUUUGGCUACUCUUCAGCUGUUACUCCCAAGUUAAUAGCUGUGUUCCUCACAGGGAAUAAGGCCAUUUCCUAUAAUGGAUGUGCUACACAGUUGUUCUUCUUUGGGACCUUUGCUGUAACUGAAAGUUUUCUCUUAGCCUCUAUGGCCUAUGAUCGCCAUGCAGCUGUCUGCAAGCCUCUGCAUUAUACCACCACCAUGACAUCAACUGUAUGUGCAUUUCUGGCCAGUGGUGCUUACAUCUGUGGCUUUCUGACCUCCUCCAUAGUCAUAGGAAAUAUGUUUAGCCUUUCCUUUUGUAAGUCCAAUGUUGUCCAUCACUUUUUCUGUGAUAUUCCCCCUCUCCUAGUUCUCUCUUGCUCUGAUAUUCACAUCACUGAGUCAGAAUUCUUUAUAUUAGGGUCACUCAAUGCUUUUUUCCCAUUUCUUGUCAUCUUUACCUCUUACUUGUUAAUCUUCAUCACCAUCCUGAAGAUCCAUUCUGCUGAAGGCCGCCAGAAAGCAUUCUCCACCUGUGCUUCCCAUCUCACUGCAGUAUCUAUAUUUUAUGGAACAAUCAUCUUCAUGUACUUCCAACCCAGUUCAAGCCAUUCCAUGGACACAGACAAAAUGGUAUCAAUGUUUUAUACCAUUGUCAUCCCUAUGUUGAACCCUUUGGUGUAUACUCUGAGGAACAAAGAUGUCAAGAAUGCUUUUAGAAAAGCUGUGAGGGGAAGACACCUUCAAUUGGACCAUAAUUUCCUUAGAGAAAAAAUCCAGUCUGUAUCUUCCCACUCUGGGACCUAG